AUGUCUCUGACCAAGGCCGAGAGGACCAUCAUCAUGUCCAUGUGGGGCAAGAUCUCCACACAGGCAGAUGCCAUUGGCACUGAGACCCUGGAGAGGGCCUCACUCAGCUCCAGCUCCGGCACCAUGAUGUCUCUGACCAAGGGCGAGACGACAGUCAGCAUGUCCAUGUGGAACAAGAUCUUCACACAGGCAGAUGCAAUGGGCACUGAGGCCCUGGAGAGGCUCUUCGCCAGCCACCCGCAGACCAAGACCUACUUCCCACACUUCGACCUGCACCCCGGCUCCGCGCACCUGCGCGCGCACGGCUCCAAGGUGGUGGCCGCCGUGGGCGACGCGGUCAAGAGCAUUGACCACAUCGCGGGCGCGCUGGCCAAGCUGAGCGAGCUGCACGCCUACGUUCUGCGCGUGGACCCGGUCAACUUCAAGCUCCUGUCCCACUGCCUGCUGGUCACACUGGCCUCGCACUUCCCCGCGGACUUCACGGCCGACGCCCACGCCGCCUGGGACAAGUUCCUGUCCGUCGUGUCCAGCGUCCUGACUGAGAAGUACCGCUGAGCGCAGCCGAGGGGCUCCGGGGGCCAGGCUGGGA